UUGUUUUUCAAAAGUGAGUUAUCGUAAUGCGGGUCUUGAGGCUGAGGCGACCCCUCCAUGACCAGUGAGUGACCACCACCACCACCACCUCCUCCUCCUCCUCCUCCACUACCGCCCACUUUUUCCAUUUUAUAGUCCGAUGAUGAAUGAAGCUGCAUGUGAGCGUGUCGUGUCUGUAUUUGCUGCCUUGUGCACAAAUUCCUAUUUUAGCUCGGCAUUACUUUUACUUUUCUCGAUUACCCACUUGUUCAUAGCUCUCCCUUGAGAAGCUGGAGAGCCCCUAUAAUUGAUGUUGUUGACACAAUUGUUGUUUAGUUUCUUAUCUUCCCAUUAAUCAUGACCUUCUCGUCUUGCUUAUUCCAUUCUCAAAUCUCACUCAAGAUCGACCGCUCAGAGUUGAUCUCUAUACCUUCAUUUAAUCAGAGAUCCACUUUCUCUCUCCAAUGUAUGAACACCAAACUAUAUGGCCAACACAUUGCGGCAAUGGGAUCCAAGCUAAGCAGUGACUGGAGUUUUAUGGGAGGAUCAAGAAUUAUCAUUAGACCAAACCUUCAAAGAUUCAAUCUUUACAGAAAACCAUCUGGAGUGUUUGCUUCAUGGUUGGCAAGUCCUCAAAUUGCUAGUAAUGUUUUUACGCUGGGAACGGCAGCUGUUCUUCCAUUCUACACCCUCAUGGUUGUGGCUCCAAAAGCUGAACUGACUAAGAAGUCUAUGGAAAGUAGCAUACCGUAUGUAGUGCUCGGGCUUUUGUAUGCUUAUCUAUUGUACCUCUCUUGGACACCAGACACAAUAAAGCUAAUGUUUGCGAGUAAAUAUUGGCUGCCGGAGCUGCCUGGUAUAGCAAAGAUGUUCUCCAAUGAAAUGACAUUAGCUUCUGCAUGGAUUCACUUGUUGGCUGUAGAUCUCUUUGCUGCUAGGCAGGUUUUCCAUGAUGGACUAGAGAAUGAAAUCGAAACCCGACAUUCAGUUUCUCUCUGCCUGCUUUUCUGUCCUGUAGGAAUUGUUACUCAUGUCAUCACCAAAGCACUAGCCAAAAGUUCCAGAAAUGCCAAACACGGUGUGUAAGAACAACUGAUUUAUGCCAAAAAGAUGGAUCUGUAGGAAGAUGAACGACAUUGAGAACAGUAGAUUUUCAUUGAAAUUAACAUUUCAAGAGAAUUUUCAAUUGCUUUCAUUUGCAAGUACUCUUUUUUAAAUAAAAAAUUCUUCCUUCUUUAAUUGUCACAUGACUGGUCAUUGGUCUUUGUUUGGGUUCAAACCAUUACAAUAUGUAUGAACAUACAAUACUUGUUCCUUGA